GGGUUGGGGACGCCGCCUCUGGCCGGAGCCGCCGGCAGGCGCUGGAGGGAACAGAAGGAACCUGUGUGGCCGGAGGGGCGGGUCCGCUCCCGGGUGGUGGGCAGUGGUGGUGCUGGCUGCGCUCCCCUCCCUGGGGGCAGGUGGGGAGAACCCCGAAGCCCCUCCGGAGUCGUGGACCCAGCUAUGGUUCUUCCGCUUUUUGGUGAAUGCUGCUGGUUAUGCGAGCUUUAUGGUACCUGGCUACCUGCUGGUGCAGUACUUCAGGCGGAAGAACUACCUGGAGACAGGCAGGGGCCUCUGCUUUCCCCUGGUGAAAACUUGUGUGUUUGGCAAUGAGCCCAAGGCUACAGACGAGGUUCCCUUGGCUCCCCGGCCAGAGCCGACAGAGACCAGUCCCACUUGGCAGGCCCUGAAGCUGCUCUUCUGUGCCGCGGGGCUCCAGGUGUCUUACCUGACCUGGGGAGUACUGCAGGAGAGAGUGAUGACCCGCAGCUAUGGGGCCACAGCCACCUCGCCAGGUGAGCGCUUCUCGGAUUCACAGUUCCUGGUGCUAAUGAACCGAGUCCUGGCACUGAUCGUGGCUGGCCUCUACUGCAUCUUAUGCAAGCAGCCCCGGCACGGGGCACCCAUGUACCGGUACUCCUUUGCCAGCCUAUCAAAUGUGCUCAGCAGCUGGUGCCAGUAUGAAGCUCUCAAGUUCGUCAGCUUCCCCACCCAGGUGCUGGCCAAGGCCUCCAAGGUAAUCCCUGUUAUGCUGAUGGGAAAGUUGGUGUCCCGGCGCAGCUAUGAACACUGGGAAUAUCUGACAGCCGGCCUUAUCUCCAUCGGGGUCAGCAUGUUUCUGCUGUCCAGCGGACCAGAGCCCCACAGCUCCCCGGCCACCACGCUCUCAGGCCUCAUCCUGUUGGCAGGCUACAUCGCCUUUGACAGCUUCACCUCCAACUGGCAGGAUGCCCUGUUUGCCUACAAGAUGUCAUCAGUGCAGAUGAUGUUUGGGGUCAACUUAUUUUCCUGCCUCUUCACAGUGGGCUCCCUUCUAGAGCAGGGGGCCCUCCUGGAGGGGAUCCGCUUCAUGGGACGAUAUGGUGAAUUUGCCGCACACACCCUGCUGCUCUCUAUCUGUUCUGCGUGCGGCCAACUCUUCAUCUUCUACACUAUUGGGCAGUUUGGGGCUGCUGUCUUCACCAUCAUCAUGACCCUCCGCCAGGCCUUUGCCAUCCUCCUCUCCUGCCUCCUUUACGGCCACACUGUCACUGUGGUGGGAGGGCUUGGGGUGGCUGUGGUCUUUGCUGCCCUCCUGCUCCGAGUCUAUGCCCGGGGCCGUCUAAAGCAGCGGGGAAAGAAGGCAGUGCAAGUCGAGUCGUCUGUGCAGAAGGUUUGACGGGCCUGAGGGAUGAAGUGACUAGGACCCUCUCAAGGUACCAGUAAAUUUCUGAGGUGGCCGGCUCAAGGAUAAAAAAGUGCAGGUUUUUUCCUUCAGUAUUGCAAACCAGUUCUGCAUUUGGGGGCAGGGGGGCUAGAAGGCAGCCUUCCCCUCUGCCUUGUCACCCACCCUCUAGGAAGCAGGAGUCCUAAGGUAGAGAUGCAGGUGGGGUAUGUCAAGACACCUUCCAAAGCGCCUCGUUCAAGGUCCCUGUAGUCUUGCCUGUUGGCUCUGCCAGCGCUUCACCUGUGCGUGAGCCCUACCUUGAAUACCCAUCCUUCCAGACUGACAGACCUGCGUUUCUUCCUCUGGUGAGAAGCACAAAUGGUGUAGGCUCCAGAUGCUGCUUUCCAAGGAGAGUGAGAGCUGGUGCUGUGCUGGGGGAGGGGGUGGGGAGUCACCCAGCAAUGCCACCCCUAUCGCUCCUGGAUCCCUAGGCUCUGCUCCGUGAGCCAGUGCAGGUUUUGGUACUUUGGAAAUGUAACUUUUUGCUCUUAUAAUUUUAUUUUAUUAAACUACUGCAACAGGCUUG